AUGGACUCGGUCCUCCAGCGAGCCCCACUAUUCCGCCACAAUGUUGAUGGCAAGUUCCUACUGGUGAGAAGUAGGUGCUCAGGGUCAUGGGAGCUAUACCUUCGAAACCUGGAGGUAUGCUGUCUUGUUGGGCAGGUUGAGCCCAAGAAGCAGGUCCCCACCUUCCAAGGCAGAGACUACGCAAUGCUUCGCAACAAGUGCAUUCGGCAGAUGUAUGGUGAGGCCACAAGGAAGUGGCAGACAGAGUCUUCGGGUGACAUCUUAGAAGACGUGGAUGCAGCCAUAUUUGACGCCGAGCGCCUGCAGGCACUGGGCAUUGAGAUCGGAAAUGACAAGAAGGAACAGUUGCAGCUGGCCCCGUGGCACCUCACGGCACAUGCUCUGAAGGCAAGAAGUGAUCGGGGCGACAAAGCCUCAAAGAACUUUGCGAUUGUGGGCCCAGGUGAUCCUAGUAGCCGCCUGGAAGCGGCAAGCUUUAUGCCGGUGGCUGCCAAGGACUUCCCCGACUGCAUCCAGCUGGCUGCCUUGCUUCGGCUCUCCGACGCUGAGCUCAGCAAGCAGUUGCAGCAAAGCAUUCCAGAGAGGAUCUUUCAACCACUUGCGCGCUGGGAUCGCAUCGCCUUGCUGUGCCGAUCUCUUGGUGAAGCCGAUGGCUCCCUGAGUGCGGUGACAGGCUGGAGCGGCGCCAGCCUGGUGCCAAAGCAAGCCAGGACGGAGCAAAAGAACUUCAAGCAGAAGCAUGAAGGUCUCCUGCAAGAAGCCUUCGAGCGACAGGCAGCGGCUCUCUCUGCAGAAGCCCCAGCAGACAUCUCCGAUCAGGAGGAAGUGCAAGAGGUCGGCUUGCUGGAUGAGAAAGACUGGCUGGAAGCAUUGGGCGGCGGAGAAGGCCAGGGAGAGGGCCAGGGAGAGGGCCAGGAGGCCUCUACCGCUUCUACCUCUAUGUUUGCAGGCAUCUUUGAUGCGCCGGAAAGACCAGAGAGUGACCAGGCAGAGCUCAAGAAGAUGCGGAGUAAUCUCUCACUGGGACAGAAGGAGACCCAGAUGUCCCACACCACGCAGGCCCCAAGACCAGCACAAGCUGGGGAGGAGCCAGCGCGGGUGAAAGUGUUAAAGGUUGUUACCCAGCAUAAAAUGGCUGGAGGCUUCAAGGCCAAAGUUGUGUAUGUAGUGGGCGAGGAGAACAUCAAGCUAUACAGGGGACUCCAAGCCCAGGAUGCACCAAGGACCUUUGCCCUGCAAAGCACAGGCAGGUCUAAGAGGACCCGGUCUGCGUCUGAUGACAGCGAGUCCUGGCAACCGCGUUCGAGCCACGGCAAGGUCCAGUCGCGGCUGAGCUCGGGGCUGGAAACCAAGCGCCGGAAGACAGAGGCCAGUUUUUCUGGGGCGCCUAGCAAUGCGCCCUGCUCUGUGGGUUCCGAGAAGUCGGAAUCUCACGCAGCAGAACCUUCCGAUACCCCGACUCGGACCAAGCGCAUCCGCCUGGCAUAG